CUUAUUCGAGGACGAAUUGGGUGACACGCUCUCCCCAGGUGCCGCGCUGGAUCGACUGUGUUCCCAAGAGACCCCCGAUUUUUCCGCUCAACAUCACAUUCAGCUGGCGUUAUGGGGCCUUUUUGCAAUGAUUUCGGCUCCGUCCAUUUACUCUGACCCAGUCAAAAUGGCCCAUGCGACGCAGACAAGCCUUUUGGUGUCUCUUGAGUGCUCGAAGCUCCUGCUAUGGUCGGAUGACACCCUCGCGGAAUGGGUUAACUCGGAGUUGGGGAAAAUCAUGGUCUCAUCUGCCACUAUGAGACCAUUCAGUGCUGCCUUCCAAACAUUCACAUCAACCAAUAUCUGCUCCAGCCCAUAA